AUUAUUUGACUGCUAAUGCGAAUCAGAAUGAAUAUUCACAACAUAAUCUUACUUUUUUCCACCUUCUUAGGAGUAUCCCAAAUGUGUGGCAUAACCACUCAUAUAGAGACUGGUUAUCGAGCAAAGGAAUACAUUGAUUUGUCUAUAAAUGGGUUAGACUUUAAAGAGAUAAUAGAAAAGCAUGACGACGCCUUUCAAGCAGGGUGCCCUUUCCCGGAUGCUAUGUAUCCAGGACUCUGCUAUGAUGGUAUGUUUCACUCUAUUGCAGAGGAUACUCAUUGGACUCCAAUAAUGAAUGCAACGAUAAAUUUCUUGAGGAAUUUACCCCAACCAUGGACAAACGACACAGAAAAAUUUCUUUCUUUCAUACUAGGAAUAUUUCAACAUCAAAUAGCUGACGUUAAUUGGCACAGCUUGGGAAUUACACAAGGGUUUAUAAGAACAAUGAGUAAAGUUAACUAUCACAAUCAAUAUGGGCCAGCUCACUCAGAUGCUGAUUUUGGCGGAGAUGUCGUCAACGUUUAUAAUUUAGACACAUCCUAUAUUGAUCCAACUGAUCAAUGGUACGUUCCAGACAAAGACAUGGAAAGAGUUUACGAAGAGUUUUAUGGCUACAAAAAAGUAAACUCAACCGUAAUUUCUGAUUGUGCUGAAUUACUUUUCUUGGGAAGAUUAGGUGAGCAUAUUGGAGCAAUUGAAGUGCUUUAUCCAGAAUAUGCGGAGGCCAGUCCGUUUUUAGUCGAUGAAAUGAGCAGUUUUUUCCUGGGAGGAUUAGACGACAUGGCUGCUUGGGUGACUCAAACAUGGAAACGGGCCCAACAUAUGAUGGAACAAGGGACAGAUAAAUGCGAAAUAACGCCCGAAAAAGACAAUCCCAUACACAUGCGUUGUCCGGAUAUUGACGGAAAAUUGUCUGAAAUGAGCACUGUAAAAGAUACACAAAAAUUCAGAGAUGUUCCUAUUCUUGAAUCAAAAUUUAUUAAGCACUUUGUUCAAAAAUAUCGAAAUGAUAUUCAUAGAGAGGAGAGUGAGCGAGGAACUUAUUUUCACUUGUCACCAAACCUUCAGAAACUCGUAAAAAAAGCUAACAAGGAAAAAGCUCAGGUAAAAACUAGGUCAUCAAAGCAGAAAGAUGCUAGCGUGAUUAAGCCCAACUUUUUUCUUACCACGAAUAAUUUGUACUCAAAAUUAGGAAGCAAUAUCGUGAAAGGAGAUUUAAACAACGAUGGGUUUCAAGAUUUAGUGAUUACAGCUCCUGAAUUUAGUCUCAAAGGAAACUAUCAAGUCGGGCGGGUUUACAUUUUGUACGGCAGUAGAAGCGGAAUUGUUCAUAAAACUAUUGACAUAGACAAUAUCGCUAAUGUUACUUUAACGGGAUCUCAAGAAAAUGGUAGAUUUGGAAAGGGAGUUGCUAUUGUUGACUUAAAUGCGGACGGUAAAAAUGAUCUUGCAGUUAGUGCGCCAUCUGUUGGAUUGGGAGCUAUACAAUAUCAGGGUGAAGUUUAUAUAUUCUUGGGUACUGACAGUGCGAUAUCUGAAAUACCUGAUAUAACUCUUAAAUGUAACGAAAAAUAUUGCAAUAUGGGAGAAUAUCUUGCGGCAGGUGAUGUAGACGGCGAUGAUUUUGAUGAUUUAAUUAUUGGUUCGCCAAGAGCUCCAGCUGGAGGGGAGCAAAGGGGGUUUGUAUCUGCAGUUUUGUCAAACAAAGCAUUGGCGAAGGAAAAAUUAGAUUCUUUUGAUAUAAGAAAUUCUUUAUGGAGUGUACGAGGAAAUCAGGAUUAUGAGUGGUUUGGCGAAGGUGUGAAAGUAGAGAAGCAUGGUGAAUCAACUCUACUACUAAUACCGUCUCCAACAUGGAGAAUUUGCUCACAGGAAAACUGCGAAUUUGACCCUGAAGAUAUUGAAUCAGUUGGUAGAUUGACAAUAUUUGAAUGUCCCUUAUCUUCAGCGGGGCCAAGACAAAUAAUAAAUGGAACACAAAAAUUUAACAUGCUGGGCCGAGAUAUUGCUUUGGGAAAUCCAUAUAUUAACCAAUCAAACUCAUUUUUGGCAGUUGCAUCACCGUUGUCAACUAUUGAAGGUAAAAUUGACGAUUUGCCGGAGACUUUUAUUCAAGCGGGCAAAAUUGACAUAUACAAUGCGAGUGACAUGGAAGUUCACACAACUAUCUCUGGAGAUAGAGAAAUUAGCAGGCAUGGUCACACACUUCUGAUGGAAGAUAUUAAUAAUGAUGAAAAAUCCGACUUGAUUAUUUCGUCUCAUUUGCGUAGCGAUGACUAUGAUUUUAUAGAAGGAGUCGAUGAAGGAAGAAUAUAUAUCUUCCUCGGAGGCUCAUCUUUUCCGAUUGGUAAUUUUACUCAGGAUUGCGACGACUAUAUUGAUAGUCCUUGUUUAAAAGAAAACGCUGACUUUAUACUCAGCGGAGGAGAGGACAAGUCUCGAUUCUCAAAAGCUAUAACAGUAGUCGGACGAGGACAAAAACAACUGAUCGUUGGCAUGCCUACUAGCAAUCAAGGUGGUAGGCAAAGUGGAAAAAUCGCUGUCUUUAACUUUGAGAUAUGAUUCUUUUAUAUCUAAAUUAUUGAAUAAUACAAGCUUGGGAAUUAUCCAAACGUUUACAUGCAAUGACUUUAAUGGUAAAUAAAGCUUGUAACCAUUCGUCCCUAAUUUCCUCGCUGUCAAAACUUAAAUAAAAAGUUCUUGAAUUUGUUUCAAUGCUUAGAACAUUUUCUUUAUCGUCUUUUGUACAUUCUUUUAUUUGAGCAUUUUUUAAGGGAACAUUCUUGACCAGAGCCUGCGAAAGAAAUCAUAAGAGAAAUAGGCCUUUUGUUUAAAACAAACGAACCUCUUCUGACUGUCCGUAUAUGAGUUCAUCCUGACUAAAUGCAAAAUAUGCUUUUUUCCAUUUAUUUCUUCGUUUGCAGCGUUUUAUUAUCCAACCUUUAGGAAGAUCAUUUUGUUUUAUGUUUUGUUCAUUCUCAGAUAUUUGCAGCUUAUCUUUCUUGUAGUCGUUUCCAGCCGACAUAGCAACGCGGUCAAGAAUAUUUAUAAACGAUCUGAUCAUCAGAAAGCUAUAACAGUUUACCCGAUUUAGGAGUAACCUUGACAUUAAAAGAAAGCGCGAAAAUAUGAACUGAUAUUUUAAAGUCAGGAGGAGUUCCCUCCAGUAGAAAGGUUAUCUUUAUAUCAUCAUGGAAAAUUGAUGAACCAGCCUCGAAAAUUGAAAUAUUCUAAACAAACCUUAAUUAAAUCACGCAGCCAACUACUUAUCUAAAUACACCAACUCCUUCAAAGGCUGGUUGGAAGCUCGUUUAGUGGCAUUCGCUCGUUGUUCAGCGUACCAUUAAUAUGAAGCAACGAUUUCUUCUCUCCCUUCUUCUUCUUUUCUGUGGGAUUGGUUGUUAUGCGAUGGCUUUCCGACUGGAAGACAUCGAUCCUUUUCAUAAAUGUUUGUUUUUUUGUGAAAAAUGCUAUGAGAAAUAUGAAUUGUUGAUAUGCGCAAAUUCUAUUUGUGCAGUUAAAGGAGCCCCAAGAUAUAUUAAUCCUGCUUGGUGGGAUGAGUGCCCAUCAGUGGACUAUCUCCUUAGCAUGUCAAGCCCACGAGUUAAACAAUAGCAUGUUAGCCAUUAAGCCACUGGUUUUAUUUAAUUGGCAUUUCUUAAAUAUUAUUUUAUGUUAAGCCAUAAUUCAAAUAUGGUAUAGUUGUAAGUGUUAUGACCUUUCUGAUUAAUGGAUGAAAAAUAAAGUCUUUUGAGAAAGCUCAUCUACCUAUUAGUACCUCAGUAUGCUAAAAUUAAAACUUCCGUAAUUACUAUAAACAGCACCUAUUUUCAUGCAUUACCAAGGAAAAAGCUCUUGAAGGCAUCAAUUUCAUCAUAAUACACUAUUUAAUUUAAGUAAUAU